UAUUUUCAAAAACACUUGCGGUCACGCUGGUUAGACAUGAGCGAUAACGAUUAUCGUUUCGGUUUUGGCAAAGAUAAAAUUAAAAUAAAUAAAUUAAAACAUGACGGCUUGUGGCGACUAAAUCUCAAUAAUAACAACAAUCUUGUGGAGUUCAACAACGUGACGCAGAAUUUCGUCAGCCCCGAUGGCCGCGAGGAGGAGGACCAGGCAAAACUGCAGUGGACAAUGGCAAAAGCGAAACAGAAACAACAGACAACAACAACAGCAGCAGCUGCCACAGCAACAACAACAGGAACGGCAGCAGCAACAACAACAGCAACAAUAGGCGCUGUUGCUGUUACGCCCACUUGUGUUGCACACCACAUCGAGGACGAGGGCGGAGGAGAUGAAGGCGCAGGAAGUCUCUGCUGCGCUGCUGCAGCUGACGACGUCGACUGCGCUGCUGCAGUCAACGCUGGCAGCAGUGAUAAGCUGAAUGGAUUCGAUGUUGGCGCUGCCUACGCGUUGACUGCGCUGCCGCCGCUAAAUUGUGACUUGGCAGCCGCAACAGCUGCAACUGCAACACUGGCUGCGGCUGCCUCCGCACUCUCGCCCACCGAUGCAGCCGUUGGCGGUUUGAGCUCCAGUCGCACCUCGAUGAACUCCACCGAGAAUCUGAGCUAUGCCAGCGAUAAUUAUUAUGGCGACGAUCUCAUCUUACUCGACGAUGAUGAUGACGACGACGAUGUGGAUGCCGAGGAGAUAUCGUUGAACUCGGAUGAUUGUGUCUAUGCAUAUCGUGGUGAUGCUGCUGACUAUGACAUGGCUGCCUUGGAUGCCAGCACUGGACGUGGCGGACGCAAAUUGGAUUUCAGUUUGCUGCGCGACGAUGAAACCGAUUUCUUGGAAAUGGACUUCGAACCGGAUCCCUCAUCGGAGCUAGAGUUUGCCGCUAAUGGAGCACAAGAAGCCGCUGCAGCUGUGGCAGCGGGACAUGCAAAUCUGUUGCUCAUGCAGCGCGAUUAUAGUCAGUUGCAGCACGGCGGUCGACAGUUGUAUAGUUCGCCCAUUGAGGAGUUAUCACAGCCACAGGAGGCGCUGCAACGUUUGAGCAAGAAGUUUGCACGCAUUAGCUUGAAUUUGGAUCAAAUCAAAACCGAUGCAGAUGCCGGCUCCGAUGUGGAUGCCGAUGAGCUGCUUUGCGGCAGCAAGGCGGACAAUGAUGAAGACGGUUAUGCGGAUACAACGGCAACAGAAGCAGCUGCUGCUGCCAACACAACGUUGGCACAUUCGUUGCCCAGCACAUUGGUUUACAGCAGCUUUAGUCGCAGCACCAGCGUGCCCAGUGAGCAUGUUUUAAAUGCUGAGCAGUCGUCGUGCAACUCGAAGCUAACGGGCGCUAAACCCAAGCGUCUAAGCACGCUUUCCAACUCCUCUUCGUUGGUAUCAGCGGGCAAGAGUUGUGGCUCCUCUUCGACUUCCAAGUCGCGUCGUUCACAGCCCAGUUUCGAUGAACGUUGCUACAGCUGCACCGACUUUCGAGCCGUAUCCCUGCAACAUCAGCAGCUGCAGCAGCAGCAACAACAACAGCAGCAAUCUGAUGUGGCACCAAUGCUGGUGGCUGCUGCAGCUGUUGUGGCCGCCAGCGCAGCCAUGGCCAGCAAUUCGACACAGUUUGACUUGGGAAGCGGCGAGGAGACGUGUUUGGAUUGUCUGGAGAAGGAGUUUCUGGCCAACACCAUUGGCAAAGCAUUGGAUCUGAGCAGCUGCUCCAAGUGUCGCCGUCGCAUUGGUAGCCGAGGCAGCAGUAUCUCGCUCUAUGCUCGGGCGGAGCAGACUCGUUGUCGCAGCGGUUCGCCGGGUUACUUAGAUAAGUUUGGCGGUCUCUUCAGUUGGCACAAUUCGCCGGUUGGCGCCGCUUGUGGCGGAGGAGGUGGCGGCGGUGACAUUGGCCAUUACAACCAAAGGUUUAUUUCGUGUGAUAAUAAUUUCGGCGGCGUGCAGCUGCCCAAGCAAAGCUUUUCGACUGAACCGCUGGUGGCGCGCCUGUCGACGGCGCAUCUGAGUGAGGAGCAUCUGGUGCAGGCGCUGGACAAACUUCACGUUUCCUACAAUGCAUCUCUGCUGCAUGGCUACUUUGAGCAGCUGUCAGCGCCUUCGCAACCAGAUACGGAUGUUGGCAAUUUGAAGCAGCUGCUGUUGCAUGUCUCCAAGCGGCAGUGUAAUCAUCGCAAACUCAAGAAGCUGAUCGCACUGAUCACUCAGCAGCAGCAACAGGAACCGCCACAGCAGCAGCAACAACUCAAUGUGCAAUUCAAGCGGAGCAACGCAGGCAAUGCGGCUUUCGUACCAGUGAAGGUAACUGAAAUAUUGGCAGCCUGGAAACGCCAUCCCGAUCUCUCUGUGCUCCGGCAAUUGGAUGCGCGCUUCCAUCGCGCCAAUGUGAUGGGUAAAAUUGGACACAUUGUGCGACAGGCGCAACAUCAACAACCGGCUUCGUCAUCUGCAGCAGCAGCAGCAGCUGCAACAACUUCUGCAUCCGCUUCAGCUUCAGCAGCGGCAUCUACUUCAAUCUCAUCCACGCGACUCGCGCUGCCCGAAUUCAUCAUGAUACCACAGUAUUACGCCUGUGGUGAAUUAACAUUGACGCGCAAAUGUUAGAAGACUCGUCACACACACACACACCCAGACACUUAGACACACUCACUACCAAACACAUACACGCACACUCACCACAAGAAAAUGUUUAUGCGUGGUUGCGUUUUGUUGUUUUCUUUUCAAAGAAAUUGAGAUAUUAUUAACUGCUAAAAGUGCAAUUUGCAUGUUUCCCUGCCCCCAUAACAUUUCGACCAAAGAAAUCUAUGUUGAAUAAAUGUAAACUGAUGACAUUUAACAUUCUGUUCAAAUAUUCUGAUCAAUAUUGCAAGUGAAAUUAUAGUUUAAGCUCUCUCUUUAAUCUCAUUACUUAUAACUAUGCUAUUCAAUUAAUGUUGUUUGUUAACUAUUAUGCGCCAAAUGAGUAUUGUAACAGAAACAGAUAAAGAUCAGUUUGCAAAUUGUACGCUGCCAACGCUGCCUAUUUACCAAUUAAGCGACCACGCAUAAAAUAAUCCUUACAUAGUUGUAUCGCAAUCUUAGAAACGGGGUUUUUGGAAAGAGGUUUUUUGAAGUCGUCCGUAGUCGAUAAAGUUAGGCGCGUGAAUUUCUGUGUAUGUGUUAAUAACGUUAUUCACAAUAACCGUUAAUCAAUUUGCAAUAUUUAUAUAGUACCAUAAUAUGUGUGUGCCACGCCCACAAGUAAAUUAUAUCACAAUAUAUAUAAAACGUAUGCAUACAAAAUUAUAAUUACAAAAUAUUAUUGUAUAGCGUAUAUAGCUUAGCUUGUAUACUAAACUCUAAAACUAACGAAAAACAAAAAACUACAACUAAAUUACAAUAUCUUAAGUAGCCAAGUAAACUCGCACACUCAUACACAUAAUCUUGUCGUUUACACGAUCAACUAUUCGUGAUAUGUAUUAAUAUAAAAAGCAAACAAGAAUGUUCUUUAAUUUGAAAUCACGAUAAACGACUUCACCACACACACAAACACAAACAACAACGCACACAUGCUCAUUAGAUUGCGUGACCAGGAAAAGGACGAGGACGAACACAAGGAGAAGCAUCAGCUCUUUCAAACCCCCAAAAACCCAAUCCCCAAGAAUGCGAUCAAUGGUGAGAAUAUAAUGUUUUGUUU